AUGCGUAUAUUGUUCGCUCCUAAACAUCAGAAACUGGUCAAUCAAUGCUAUCCUCCCGGAAGAACGCCGGAUAAGAAGCCCAAAUCUUCGGAGACGUCAUACUUACUGUAUUAUGUUAACUCAAGGCGUACCAAACUUGAAAAGGUAAGUACUUAUCUAACGAAAAAAUGCACAAAUGAUCUCAAUCAUAGAAGAAUCGGCAAUGUCAUGGUCACUUUAGAGAUAAUGAACAAGAUAGUUAAUCACUGUAAGGAGAAUCUGAAUGUUUUCGUCAAGGACUUCCUACAAAUUAUGACGAGAACCCUUUCGAACAACAACGUGAACAACGAUACGGGUAUUGUUCAAAGGACUGAAGAGAUAUUCGGUAGCAUUUGCAAAAACAUUGAUGGUGCCCUGUGCAAUGGUGAUGCUGAGUUCAUGAAAAUGUUCGACGUUUUCGUGAACUUAUAUCUUCAAGUGGUUAGAGAGAGGAUUCGGGACGACGACUUAUUACUAAGAGGUUGUACUGAUAUCUCUUCAGUUGCAAACUUGGCCAGCAAUCAGCAGGCUAGUAAACUGCUUUCCAUGGCGGCUGAAUUGUCUUUGCAAAAGUUUCAGGAAAGAAAUCCACAAUAUAUUCACGAAAGCCUUAGCACUACUGAGCAGCCCAUAACGAAGAGACUGACGAGAACACAAACACAUGCGGUGGGGCUGGAUGAUAUAUCUAAUCAUAAUGAUUUAGCUGUGGCUGCAUUACAAUCAUUUUUUAACACUUCAGAAACGGAUAAAUUGACCCUAUCUAUUCGGUCACUUCUUAAGGUGCUUCUCAAAACUCCUAACAAAGAAUUACUUCAGUUCAUAUGCAAUGGAAUCCCUGUCCAACUGAGAUAUAUUGUGAUUCUAAUUUUUAUCAGGCAAUUGAAUAAAAACAAGGAAGAAUCUGUUGUGAUAUUAAAGUUGAUCUCCAGUCUACUUGUUUCUGAGGUGAGUAUUGUCGGCUUGAGCGUUCUAGAUGUGAUGAGAAAGCUGUUAAGCACGCAAUUAUCUGUUGAUACUUCAAAAGAAAUUAGUGAUCAGUGUGCUAUCGCAAUCUCAGCUCUAAAUCAGAAAACCUACUACAAAGAUCAAACUUCCGAUAUGUUUUCGGAGAUUCUGUCACGAAUUAAAGACGAGAAAGAUCAAGGAAACAAAGAGAUGCUUGUGCAAGAUUUAUAUCAGCUGAUCCUAUCUACGACUACACCUUCGUUGAGUUUGGAUCUGUUCCUAGAACUGGCUCCUUUGACAAGCCAUCACAUAGAGUUGUUCGAUAUUGUUGAUAGCAAAGUUUCAGGAAGUUUUUCUAUCAGUAAAUUGUUUGAAUUCAUUGAUUCACAAAAAUCAGAAGAAAAACAGGAAGUCUUGAUGGCUACAGCAUUUGCGAAAUUUAAGACCUUUACCUUAUUAGCCGGGCUGAAGUACUACCUAGAAAAUGGAAGUCCUGAUAAGCGCUCUUACUAUAUAUACCAUUUGAAUGCGGCAAAGUUUCUUGAUUUGAAUGACUAUGCAGUGCAAGCAAGACACAAAAAGGAGAACAGACAACUUUUUACCCGUGAUGACUUAUUAAAUUUCUACUCUGACAGUGGUAGUAACAAAUACUCAGAAAAGGGCAAAAGAAUAUUGUUGUCGAAGGAAAGUAAUUUCUCCACAACUGAUCUUGUGUCUACCAAUGAUGAGCGGGCAAGCGACCGGGCAAUGAACAAGCCAUCCACAGAGCCUAGGACAUUAUCGAAAUUUAAUUUAUCUCCAGACGUUCGUUCUUUGAAGACUUUAAAGUAUAACACACCUAAGGUUAUUGAUUUGAAAAAGGUAGGUUCUGGUAGUCACUUACCGUCAAAACAAAAUGGAGCUCUAAGAGGCUCACAAUCAGUAAAAUCACAUAUCACCAAUAUCACGUUCCUGCUAUCGGAACUUGAUAGCGAUAUUAACGAAAUAAAAAUUAGAGAUCCAGAUGAAGACGAUGUUGUCGGCUUGGAAAAAUCUGAUCUCGCUAGAUCGCAUUCGAUCAAGCUAUCUGCUGUAGAUGCCAAGGGUUCGAAAAGACUGAGUAUACCACUUGAGCUUCAAAAAAAUGAAGAUGAUUUCAAGGAUGCUAAUGAAGAGAUAGAAGUUCCCUCGACUAGGGGAAAAUUGUUCACAACGUGA